AACACAAGCUUUGUCUCCAUCUUUUAUUUUGGCGCCCCCUGUGCUCUUUUGAACUUAACAUUUUCCCUCCCAUCAAACUUUCUUCUUUCCCUCUCCUCUCUCUCUAAAUUCUCUCCCUCUGAGCUCAGUAGAUCUCUGGAAAUGGAGCAACAAAGAAACCAAAAGGCUGUUAAUCAACAACAACAUGAGGAUCAUGAAGAGGUGCAACAUGGGCCUUUCCCUGUUGAACAGCUUCAGGCGUCAGGCAUAGCUUCCCUUGACGUAAAGAAGCUUAAAGAUGCGGGUCUCUGCACAGUUGAAUCUGUUGCCUUUUCUCCCAGGAAAGAGCUUCUGCAAAUUAAAGGAAUCAGUGAAGCUAAAGUUGACAAAAUCAUCGAAGCAGCUUCCAAACUGGUGCCCCUGGGUUUUACUAGUGCUAGCCAACUCCAUGCUCAGAGGCAAGAGAUAAUUCAGAUAACAUCUGGGUCAAGAGAGCUUGACAAAAUUUUGGAAGGAGGGGUUGAGACAGGAUCUAUUACUGAAAUGUAUGGUGAGUUCCGCUCUGGAAAAACUCAGCUGUGCCACACGCUUUGCGUCACUUGCCAACUUCCAUUAGAUCAAGGAGGAGGUGAGGGAAAAGCAAUGUACAUAGAUGCAGAGGGCACAUUCAGGCCACAAAGACUCUUACAGAUAGCUGAUAGGUUUGGGCUGAAUGGCGCUGAUGUUUUGGAGAAUGUGGCUUAUGCUCGGGCAUAUAACACCGAUCAUCAAUCAAGGCUUUUGCUCGAAGCAGCUUCAAUGAUGGUGGAAACAAGGUUUGCUCUUAUGAUAGUAGACAGUGCUACUGCUCUAUACAGAACAGAUUUUUCUGGAAGGGGAGAGCUUUCAGCUCGGCAGAUGCAUCUAGCAAAGUUCCUUAGGAGCCUUCAGAAGUUAGCAGAUGAGUUCGGUGUGGCUGUUGUCAUUACAAACCAAGUAGUUGCACAAGUUGAUGGUUCUGCUAUUUUUGCUGGACCUCAAAUCAAGCCUAUUGGUGGUAACAUCAUGGCUCAUGCUUCUACAACAAGGCUUGCUCUUCGGAAGGGAAGAGGGGAGGAGCGCAUCUGUAAAGUAAUAAGUUCUCCUUGUUUAGCUGAAGCUGAAGCACGGUUCCAGAUCUCUGCUGAAGGCGUCACUGAUGUCAAGGACUGAUCUAUUUUAGUUAUCAUCUCCUGGGAACUUUUUGAGGGGCUGGUUGACAGGACGGUUUUGUACUUCACAUAUCGGUAGAACUGCAAGAAGGAAUGUCAUGUCACGUCAAAGUAAUUUUUUGGUUUCCAAUAGGAACGUUCAAAUUUUAAGAGCUGUAAUGAAGACAUGCAGGUCUUUUGAUGUUUGCUAACCGUUCUCUUUCACUGGUCUCAUGUUUUCUGUAAUUGUAGUGUAUUCUAUUGUAUCACAUCAAUUUCUUCAACAUUUCAAGUGAUAUUUACAUUCAAUCAGAGUGCUUUUCAUUGUAA